CUCAAUAUUCGCGGCAGUCCCUGUUUCUUGCACGACUUCUAUUAAUCUUGGCCUUGCGAGACGUUUCUGAUAAGAAGCAAGUCGGCUUACUGCUGUUUCCUCGUCGCACUUCACGCGGCGCAGCCAGAUUUGCCCCUCGGCCAGUUAGAAAAGGUCUAAUCGAUUGCCCACAACCCCCCACUAAUCCCGAACAUAUUUCUACUCCGUCACCUACCAUCCCCCUCACCAAAUAACCCCCCACCACUCUCUACCAGGUCGCAUUCCGCAGCAGACACCAUGGCGUCGCAAGCGCCUACCCAGGCAAAUAUUCAGUCCACGCAUCCCUUCACCUGCAACACAUGCCAGGUCGCCUUCCGCUCUGGCGAACUGCAGCGGGCACACAUGCAGACAGACUGGCAUCGCUACAACCUCAAGCGUCGCGUUGCCUCUCUUCCUCCCCUCUCCUCCGAGAUCUUCUCCGAGAAAGUCCUUGCGAACAAGGCCACGGCAGCCGCCACAGCUGCAAAAGCAUCCUUUGAAAAGUCGUGUGCAGCGUGCCAGAAAUCGUAUUUCAGCGAGAAUGCCUACAACAACCAUCUGAAUAGCCAGAAGCACAAGACAAAUGCUAUCAAGGCUGGCGGGGGCGCGCAUCUGGACGACACGGCGUCGGUAUCAGGAUCCGUCAUCAGCUCGGCCUUUUCGCUAGGCGAGUCCAUGGCCGAGUCAGACAUCACUCUCAACGGAGACGCUGAGAAGGAGUUCUCCGAAGUUGUCGACAGCAUGAAGAACACGGCCCUGGAUGCCCCAUCGCCUGUCGCGAGUAGACCAUCGCGACCACACGAUUCGGCAGCCGAAGAAAAACCAGAGCACCCGCUUUCCCCCACUGCCACUAACGAAUCCACUGUUGACGACGACAAUAACUCUGUAGCUACCUCUAACAAAGCGCCUACCGAUCCCCUUCUGGAUUGUCUGUUCUGCAACUACAAGUCGCCCAGCUUCACGCUCAACGUCACUCACAUGGGCCGUUUCCAUGGCAUGUUCAUUCCAGAGAGGGAGUUUCUCGUCGAGCCUGAGAAUCUCGUCAAGUAUCUCCACGACAAGAUCCACAUCAAUAACGAGUGUCUGAAGUGCCACAAGAUUUUACACACCGCCUCCGGUAUCCAGACCCACAUGCGCGAUAGGGGACACUGCAUGAUCGCUUUCGAAUCAGAUGCCGAACUGGUCGAGGUCGGCGAAUUCUACGACUUCCGGAGUUCGUAUCCUGACGCUGCAGAGUUUGAAGACUUGGAGGACGAUUCAGACGACUCAACAUCAACAACAGGAGGCGGAGUCAAGCUUGGAGCUCGACGUGAAGCCGUCACUACCACAGAAGACGAUGCAGCCAUGUCUAGCACCAAUGAGGAAGACGCGGGCUGGGAGACUGACAGUACUGUUUCGAGUGUUCCGACAGACGAGAUCACAGCUGUGCCCAUCGACCGUAGUCACCGACACAAAUCGCUCAACAAGUCAAGACACCAUACCCAUGCAGAUCCUCGUCCGCACCGUGCAGCGGAUGGUUUCCACUCGCAUGCACACCAUACACCCAACGCCGUGUACCAUGACGACUACGAGCUUCAUCUGCCGUCUGGACGUACCGCUGGUCACAGGUCACUGAAUAAGUACUACCGCCAAAAUCUGCGAAAUUACCCUGGUGUGGCCGAGCGCAUGGAGAACGCGCAACGCCGGCUGACUAGUGGUUCGACUGAGGAUGACGAUGAGGAUGGUGAUGUUAACAUGGAUGGAGAAGACGGAGAACAGCCUCGGGACGGCCGCGGUCGUCAGCUCAUCACCCGCGCCAAUGGUGGAAUGGGUAUGAUUGGUGUUAGCGACGCUAAGAAGGCUGAGAUCAUCGCAGUUGAGAAGCGCGAACAAAGACGUGCCGAACGUGCAAAGAACAGGUAUCAAGCUGGCAACGAGAGGCGCGGCAAUUUCCAAAAGCACUUCCGCGAUCCUCUUCUGCAGUAGUGGCCGCACAAGGAACCCCAAUUGGCAGGCCUCUUGGAGCGCUCUCUCUUGGGCCCCGCGUUGUGGUCUUUCGGCAGUGGAAUGAAUUGGCUUAUUGUUCUGGGGCUGUUUUCACGAAUCUUACGAGCAUGAUUGGCGUUUGCGCGGCAUAUAGAGGAGUGACUAGAGUCGCUCGGGAUAACGCUUCAUGAAUGAAUCAAAAUAUAGUCACCAGCCUGUGAGUGACACGAAUAUUCACAAGUACAUGUCCACGCUUGCACCACACCGAAGCAACAUGGCUUCAUUUCUAACUAUGGCU